AUGUUUGGACUUGCAGGAAGAAGGACUGCUAUUUCUCGGCCUAAGUGCUUGGCGCCGACUGCCCUGACUCCACGCGCAGCUAUUGCCGCACAACCGCGAUGCACCAACAGCCGGGAAUUUCGCUCAACGCCGACUAACGCCGCGUUUCGACCAACAUGGAUGCCAAUGCGUGUCAAGACUCCAUGGAUCGAUGCACUGACCCAGAGCCGUGAGGCAGCCCGCAAAUCGGAAGACGGUGUACCACCGGCACAGGCCGUGAAGCCGGAUCUUACGCCAAAAAAGAUGUCGGACAGUUACUACAGUGCCGUUUUGCCCUUGGCGCAAGACAAGUGGUUGUUAGAUACCUAUCUCAAUGCCUCUGGGCACAUUCGACUCGGGUCCUUGGUCAUGGAUCUUGAUGCCUUGGCUGGUGUUAUUGCCUAUCGCCACACUGGUGAUGGUGUCAGCACAGUCACUGCAGCCGUGGACAGAAUUACUAUCGAGAACCCCUUGAUGGAAAUUUGCGAUCUCGAGCUUAGUGGCCAAGUCAGUUAUGCUACUGGUCGUUCAAGUAUGGAAGUCUCCGUGCAAGUGGCCAAAGCUCGCCCCGAAGGACAGCCUGCGACACCUGAAGAUGUUCUGAUUACUUGUGCCUUCACGAUGGUAUCACUUGAUCCAGUUACGAAAAAACCUGCUCCAGUGGCUCCUCUAAUUGUGGAGACUGAAGAGGAGAAGGCUCUUUUCAAGAAAGGAGAGGAGAACUACAAAGCUAAAAAGGCUCUCCGGAAACGGAGCCUCUUAGAAAAGGCGCCUGAUGACGAGGAGAGUAAUCUGAUCCACUCCAUGUGGACGAAAGAAAUGUCAUACCUGAACCCGCAAGUCCCUGCCAUUCGCCCACAAAACCAGGUUGAUAUGAGUGACACUGUUCUCAAAUCUGCUAUGAUUAUGCAACCACAAGACCGAAACAGACACAACUUCAUGAUUUUCGGUGGCUUUUUGCUUAAGCAAACCUUCGAGCUGGCGUUCUGCUGUGCUGCAUCUUUCGCGCACGCUCGUCCCAACUUCCUUGCCCUUGACCCCAGCACCUUUGAGAAUCCCGUCCCGGUUGGCAGCGUGCUGUACCUGCGCGCUACAGUCGCGUACACCGAACCCGAGGAGCGAGAAGGCGGGCACAGUAAGUUUACUCGCGUGCAGGUGCGAGUCGACUCGAAGGUCCGCGAUGUCGAGCACGGCACCAAGAAGUCGACUGGCAUGUUCAACUACACUUUCCUUGUCGAAAAAGACAUCAAUGUCAUGCCCAAGAGCUAUGGUGAGUUUAUGCUUUGGACAGAUGCCCGAAGACGUGCACGCAAUGCAGCUGCUAUUGAUCCUGCGCACAAAUCAAGUACUUUGCGAAGUAUCCAGGAUAGUGUGACAGAAUAG